AUGGUCUCACUUCAUAGCUCCCGCGGGCAGACUCAGGAUGAGACUUCUACCGGAGCAACACGCUUGGCGUUGACUCAGGAGUUAGAGAAUUGGAGGAGCGAGACAGCAACUUUGUCUCUUAUCGCAGAUACCCAGAAAACGCGCCAAUCUAGUUAUCUGUCACCUGAGUGGUAUGAGUUGCUAUACUACAACACGCUGCUUAUGCUUUAUCGACCCUCACCAGCGCUAUCCAACAUCCCCACUCGCGCGCCUGUCGUACUUCAGCCUAUAUUUGACGCCUCGAGAGAAGCAAUCUCUCGCUAUGCAAUGUUGCAUACAUCCCAACGCAUCAACUAUACUUGGAUCACUCUGCAUGCUGUUUUCAUGGCCGGCCUAUCUUACAUUUAUGCCGUGAGCCGCCAUUUCCGCGCACGUCGUGCAACCCCAGAGGUGGUUGGUUCUGCCGCUUCCCUUACAAUCGACCCAACGAUCCUCGAAGUUGUCAAUACUUGCCGGUCUUGCUCGAUUGUACUGGUAGCGGUAUCAGAGCGCUGGGCUACACCGCGUCAUUGUCAUAAAGUGUUCGACCGUCUCGGUGACGCUGUUCUUGCCGACGUCAUUUCAUUUUUUACCAAGUCGCAGUCGGCUGGUCCGCUAAUACCGACUGUUCAGCAAAAUCUGCCAUCAGAUACACUGGCCACGCCCCACACAGAGUCCCAACUUUCUGUGUUUGAUCCCAGCGUUCAUAUAGCCCCCAUGCAAGAUUCUUCUCCUUCCGUAAUAGGUGUUGAUUCAGUGCUCCGAGACUGUUUUGAAGAUUUGCAGCAUUUCCAUGAUGCACAUGGAGGCGACGGGCCGAUUCAACAACUCUCUCAAGACUGGCUACAUGAAAUCGGAGGUAUGGCUUUAGAUGCAGUGCAUUUGUGGGGAGAAUGA